AUGGCCCCGAGUACGCCUCCAUAUUCCACGCCAUGGAUUCCGGCACCUUAUGGCAGAGCCUGUGUUGGCUGCUCCCGUGCCAAGUGCAAGUGCUUUUAUCGCUCAAAUGGAGGGAGAUGCGAGAGAUGUUGCCGCCUUGAAAUUUCCUGCGAGCCUGCCGCUGGUGUCCGAAAGAGCAGAACCAACGCGAUACGAUCUGCACCCAGUGCCGACGCUAGAUUGGAGCGGAGACUUGACGAUCUUGUCUCUCUAAUACAGUCACAAGGCGCCAGCAGGUCGACAGCUACUCCAGGGACGAACGAUCUCCCUUCAGUUGAGCCUAGCGGACAAAUCCCUUUCGAUCCGCCGCCAGAGUAUAGUACUCCAGCAUCGCCUGCAUCGUCAUACCAGCCGGACGUUGCGAUAAAUUCGGCCGAUGCCACGGUCGAACUCCUCCGUCCCGUGGAACCCGAAUCAAGUGAUCCUUCCUCUCUGAUACUGAGUGACAUGUCUAUCCAUGGCCUCACAGAUCGUGUUGCCGAGGAACAGCUCAACACUUUUCGGCGCUCCUUCUUACCCAACUCACCACUGUUUCACCUCCCUCCCUCUCUCAGUUCGCGAGAGUUUCGUCAGCAGAAACCAUUUACUUGGUUUGUGACUAUGGCAUUGUCAUCCAAGCAGAUCUCGCAACAAUUUGUCAUGGAAGAGACCAUCUGGCGAAUCAUAUCAAAAAGGAUAGUCUGUGAGCAUCUCGCCAACCUCGACUUGCUCAUUGGACUCAUCUGCUUUGCGUCAUGGUCACAUGGCUUCAAAAUGGACAAGCCGUUCAUGACAAUGCUUACUCAAAUGGCCGUGUCACUGGCCUUUGAACUCGGCUUGCAUAAACCACCCGUAAAUGGGACCCAGCGCUGCAAAUUCGGGCGAUCUGUUGCCGAGCAGCAACAGGCACGGAGGGAACGAACACUAGAGGAGCGACGAACUAUUCUUGCUCUUUUUCACUUGUCUUCAUCAACUUGGACCGCAUUCCGCAAGACGGAGCCUAUGCGCUGGACUGCUUACAUGCAAGAAUGUCUACAAAUUCUUUCCGAGCAAGGAGAGUCGCAUCUCGAUGCCAUACUCGUGGCUCAGAUCAAGUGUCAGCUUAUCUUCCACCAGGCUGAACCGUUUGCUUCAGUGCAGCCAUUUUUGGAGGGCACGCAGAAGUCACCAUCUGCGACUCUUAUCACGGCACUGCUGAGGCAGCUUGGUGAAGUGAGAGAUACGUUGCCUGCCAACAUCAAGUCUGAGAGAAUCAUCCAGCUGUACCUGUGUUAUGCGGAACUGGCACUCAAGAAACACCUCAUUGGAGAACCCAAGACAAGCAGUCAAUCAAUCCCGGAAAACUUCCAGAGACUUCAAAAUCUGGAUUCAGCUUUGGGCAGCACCGAAAGAUGGCUGGGACUCUUGUUUGAUAUGCCUCUAAGCGACCUGGCUGGCAUCAAUGUCGACUUUUGCACGCAAUUCCUCCACUGCCUGGUAAUACUCUUCAAACUGACGAUCCAUAAGGAGCCGGGAUGGGAUAUGGAAGAGGUGAGAAAGAGGAUAGAUGUAAUGAGUGUUCUCGAUCGUUCCCAUGAGGUACUCGGAGAAGUUGCUAUGGCUAUGGGCAUCGUGGACGACCCGGGUCCUCGCAUGGGCCUCUUAUUUAGGACUGCUGGUCUCCUCAGGGCUGUCAAAACGUUGUUCAUGACAGAGAUGCAGUCGAGACUACCGCAGAAUGUGCCACAAGAACAGGCUGCUGAAGGCUUGGGUGGUGCGAUGGAUGGCCAGUGUUUGAACUUCUCAGAUGAGCUCUUCCAGGGCUUUCCUAUUGCAGCGACGACGUUUGCUGCCAAGACUCCUUACUGGCAUCUGUUUUACCUCAUGAUAGAUAGCCUCUUCAAGUCCUUUGGGGGUACCGAUGGCGAGGACGCUAGCGACCAGAUGAAAGCCGUUCUCUUGCAGAAAUCAGUGUGGAUAAUUAGUCUCUUCUUCUUCCUCUAUGUCGGAGCAGAAGUUACUGCCGGUGGCUGGGUCAUCGAGUUCCUUAUUGGAGUGCGACACAGUCCCCCCAGUAUCGCCGGCUACGUCGCGUCUGGCUUCUGGGGAGGCAUCAUGAUAGGGCAUAUUCUUCUUGCCGAUAUCACGCAUAAACUUGGCGACCGACGCAUGGUGUUUAUCUACAUCUUCAUCGGACUCGGGUUGCAGUUGGUGUUUUGGUUUGUCCCUGACGUAGCCGUCGAUGCAGUCGCCAUCAGUCUCCUUGGCUUUGUUAUUGCACCCUUCUUCCCCGUCGGGGUAUCAGUUCUCACAAACUUACUACCUCGAGAGUUGCAUGUUGCUGCUAUAGGUAUGUUGCGUUUCAGCUCUCGCCACGAUCGAGCCAGCAAUUAA